AGAACAGCUGCAGCUACAGCUCGCCCUGUGAUGCAACGGCUGCUCUUCGCUCACUCUGGUCGGGCGUGCCUCUGGCAGCGGUGCAGCGUCUGCGGAGCAACUGCAGCAGCAGAGAGUCGGAGCUGCUGAGCGUGCUGCGGCAGGCGCAGCUGGCGGGUUUUCGCACAGGUUUCGUGACCAAUCAACGCUUGACGAGCGCCAUGGGCUCCGCGCUCUAUGCGCAGCUGACGCCGAGCAACUGGGAGUGUGAUGGCCUGAUGCCAGUGGGUGCUAUCGAGGCUGGCUGCCAGGAUGUGGCCCAGCAGCUCAUCUCAAGCGCAGCGGGGCAGUCUCUCAACGUGCUGCUGGGCGGCGGACGGCAGCUCUUUAAUGCCAAGGUGCCCAGCUACGAGUGGGAUCCAGUGGAUGAGUUGCUGUGCCGCGCCAGAGCCGGACGCAAUCUAUUGCGCGACUGGCAGAAUCAGAAGCUGAAGCUCAGGCCCAGCAGACGCUUCGAGCUGGUGCAGCAGGCACAGGAGCUGAGCUCCAUCAAUGGCAGCAGCUUGGACUAUCUGCUGGGCGUCCUGGCCAAUGGAGAUCUGAGUGGCAACGCCCGGGCGCCCACGCUACAGCUGAUGCUGCACAAAGCGAUGCAGGUGCUCCAGCGACCAGGUGUGGGCCAUCUGCUGCUCGUCGAGCACUAUGUCCAGCCGCAGCUGGCGGUCAGCCAGCAGCUGCAGCUGCUCAAUGCCACACUCUCGGAGCUGCUGGGCCACAAGGAUCAGCUCACGCUGGUGCUGCUGACCAAUGGCAACUACCUCAGCGCCAGUCGCGAUAUGAGCGAGGAGACGCAGCCGGUGAGCACGCUGGAGGAGGCCUUCCAAGGGCCAGAGCUGGAGCUGCAGCGUCGACUGCAGCAGAUGCCAUCGGAGAGUUUGCUCUUUGCACAGGGUCCCAAGUCUGUGCUCUUCUAUGGCGUGCAUGAUGAAACCUAUCUGGCACAGACUUUGUCCCACGCUCUGGGCAUCGACGUGUUCGGUAGGCAGCUCUAAUUUUCCUUAUGGCAGAUAAAGGAAU